GGAGCAGGGAGUUGCGCGGGGAGGGCGGGCGAGUCCCGGCGCCCGCUCGGAGGGUCGGCUGCCUCUCCCCCUCCCGCGCGGGCCGGGGUGGUGCGUUCCGAGUUCCCAGGAGUUCGAGGCGGGCGGGUGCCGGGGGGAGGGGAGUGGUGGCGGUGGCGGCGGCGGGCGGCUCCCGCCUCAGCCUCGGCAGUGGCGUCGGCGGCGGCGGAGUCGAGGCAGCCGCGAGUGCUCGGCUGAGAGGCAGCCGGCGGCGACGGCUCGAGAACUGGGAGUUGAGGGCGCGCGCGCCGGACCUUCCGCCGCCGCCGCGCUGCGGCCGCUUCUGCCGCCGCCCAGAGCCUGAGGCGCGGGGGCCGGCGGAGCCGGGGGAGCCGGGGGCGGGCGAGCGGGCCGGGGGGAGGGUGGGGGAUGGCGCGGACCCCGGGGCCGGCUCCGCUGUGGCCCGGAGGCGGCAAAGCCCAACUUUCCUCCGCCGCUCCCCCCGGGUCCGGGCUCCUGCUGCCGCCCCCGACGCCGCCGCCGCUGCUGCUGCUGCUCUUCCCGCUGCUGCUCGUCUCCCGGCUCUGUGGUGCCUUAGCUGGACCAAUUAUUGUGGAGCCACAUGUUACAGCAGUGUGGGGAAAGAAUGUUUCAUUGAAGUGUUUAAUUGAAGUAAAUGAGACUAUAACGCAAAUUUCAUGGGAGAAGAUACAUGGCAAAAGUUCACAGACUGUUGCAGUUCAUCAUCCUCAAUAUGGAUUCUCUGUUCAAGGAGAGUAUCAGGGAAGAGUCUUGUUUAAAAACUAUUCACUUAAUGAUGCAACAAUUACUCUACAUAACAUAGGAUUCUCUGAUUCUGGAAAAUACAUAUGCAAAGCUGUUACAUUCCCCCUUGGAAAUGCUCAGUCCUCUACAGUUGUAACUGUGUUAGUUGAACCCACUGUGAGCCUGAUAAAAGGGCCAGAUUCUUUAAUUGAUGGAGGAAACGAAACAGUAGCAGCCAUUUGUAUCGCAGCCACUGGAAAACCAGUUGCACAUAUUGACUGGGAAGGUGACCUUGGUGAAAUGGAAUCCACUACAACUUCUUUUCCAAAUGAAACAGCAACAGUUGUCAGCCAAUACAAGCUGUUUCCAACCAGAUUUGCUAGAGGAAGACGAAUUACUUGUGUUGUAAAACAUCCAGCCUUGGAAAAGGACAUCCGAUAUUCUUUCACAUUAGAUAUACAGUAUGCUCCUGAGGUUUCAGUAACAGGCUAUGAUGGAAAUUGGUUUGUAGGAAGAAAAGGUGUUAAUCUCAAGUGUAAUGCUGAUGCAAAUCCACCACCCUUCAAAUCUGUGUGGAGCAGGUUGGAUGGACAGUGGCCUGAUGGUUUAUUGGCUUCAGACAAUACUCUUCAUUUUGUCCAUCCACUGACUUUCAAUUAUUCCGGUGUUUAUGUCUGUAAAGUGACCAACUCUCUUGGUCAAAGAAGUGAUCAAAAGGUCAUCUACAUUUCAGAUGUUCCAUUUAAGCAGACAUCUUCCAUAGCCGUAGCUGGAGCUGUAAUUGGAGCUGUCCUUGCCCUUUUCAUCAUUGCUAUCUUUGUGACUGUGCUGCUGACUCCUCGAAAAAAGAGGCCAUCCUAUCUUGACAAAGUGAUCGACCUUCCACCCACACAUAAACCACCUGCUAUGUAUGAAGAACGAUCCCCCACUUUGCCUCAAAAAGACCUUCUAUAUCAGACCGAACACGUGCCUUUGCAGACUCAGUUCAAAGAAAGAGAGGUUGGCGGCCUCCAGCACACUAAUGGACACAAUAGCAGGAGAUUUGACUACGAAGCCGAGAAUCCAGUGGGGGCAGACGGGAUUCAGCAGAUGUACCCCCUUUACAGUCAGAUGUGCCACCGUGACCGGAGCCCCGACAGCUGUCAUCAGAGCAGCGGCCCUGAGAGAGUCUACAUCAACCCACGGGAACAUUACGUGUGAUUGUCCUCUUUUGUCCAGUGGGUGUUCUGACAAAUGUUUAUUCUUAGACUGGGGAGAGAAACUGAGGCCAAUAAUUAUUAUUUUAUUCUCUCUCAUAUAAAACCAUCUCAGUCCAAGUGUAUUGGAAGUCGUGAUGAGUGACUUGGAGCCAAUAGCGAAUUUCUUUCCUUCAUUAAGAGUUUCUUAACUGCCAGCUGUGUUUGUGAACUUGGCUAUAGCUUUGUGUGUUUCUGUGACGGUGGUGUUUAACUACUAACGUUUGGCCUACAAUGGCAUGUUCAUUUAAAAGCAGAGCAUCUGCCUGUGAUGACAGCAGUGAUUCUCCAGAAAGAAAGGCCCCAGCUGGGAGUAUUGACCUCACUGGGUCUCAGGCAGGCCAGCCUGUUCAUCUGUAACUCAAACGGCCAAAAAAGCACUUCAAAAUCCAUUUAACUGAUUAUUUAGUUGGGAUUUGGUUUUCCCUGACGUGCUUAAUACAGCUGUAAUACCUGUGUACAAACAAGAGGCCUGAGGAAAGAGGCAAAAUUGGUUCUAUAUCCAAAAACUCCCAACAACACAAGGCAAUUUAAAACUUGAAGCCUGUUGGUUGCUUUUAGACUCUUGUGAUAUUGUAAUAUAUAUUCCUUCUUGAUCACUAAGUUCCUAAGGGACACCUAUUUCUUGCUGUUAUCUGCCUUGUCUUGAUUAGCUGUGUGCUAACCAGGGUUCUUCCCUUGCUCUGUAUUGUUCCCACAGCUCUGUUCUUUACUAGCCAGAUGAGCCUAUUUCCCACCUAUUAAAUUCUAAAAGCCCUGUCUAGAUGGCAGCCAACCUUGAACCUGUCCUUCUUUUCUGUAGUAUUGUAUAUGACAAGCUCAGCUUUCACUACUGACAUUUCCUUCAAAUUAAUCCUACCCACACAGGCUUUAGCUACCCUCUGCAUUCUUCAGACUACUUAUUGUCCGUGUUUUAUCUACCUCAGAAAAGCCUGCUGGAAAAUCACCAUGAAAUAACUCCUACUCUUAAAAGCUAGGUGGAAAAUUUGAAAACUUAAAAAAAAAGCCCCUUCAGUAUGACAUGUGUACUAAACCUAGGUGUUGUCCCUUAUCUCUCUUCCCCUCCUGUGCCUGGUCACCCACAAGAGUCAGGAGGCGCUAAAAAACAAGUAAUAUAGUGACUGACUUACUAGUGUGUCCUGCUGUACUCUGGUGCCCGCCAACGUCUGCCUUGACUUUUCUCACUUCCCUUUCCAGCUUUUCCUCAGAGACUGAAGGUACUAAUUAUAGUGGGGUGAGCGGGGGGCUGGGGGGGGGAAAGGUACUCGUGCAAAUGUCGAUCACCCUCCCUCACUUCUUAGGAAAGGUGUUGUUUUACUGCGUGUUCUGGAAGAUUAGAGGUAUAUCACAGGCAUAAAAAACACUACAGGCUUGUCAUAUGUUAGGAAAGAGUGACAUGAGCACUAAAAUAAAAUAGUACACAUUUCCAACCUAAGCUUCAAGGGAACAGGAAAAUAUUAAUAUGAUUUCUAAUAAGAUACCAAAGAUAGGUUAUGACUCAUGUUGCGCGGGCUCUGGUUCUUGCUUGUGUUUCCUUUUUUUAGUUCCAUGCUUUGCCAGACAAGUUAUCCAGGUUGUUCUGCAGUAGUGUAUUACUACUCCCCAUUAUCUGGGUGACCAACAAUUCUGGGAGAAACGAUGAUUAAAUUCUAACUCAAUGUGUUAGCCAGGUUAUUAGCAAUUUAAAAGGUGAUAGUUAUAUGGGAUCAAAGGGUAAAUUCCAAGGACCCUCAUUGCUGUAUGGCUGUGCUACCUCAGAGUUAGAUUACUGCCCUUUGUAGCAAGCUGAUGCAGAAAGAAGAUAUUUGACUUUAUUACUUGGAAUCCCAUUGGUGAGUAACUGAAGGUGCAGGAAUUUGCAAUUGUUUUCCAACAGAAAGAUGACUCUGGUCAGAGCUCUCCUUGACAGGGAAGUGUUUUAUAAAUGCUGGAUGUUACAGAGGAGGAGAUGUUGCAGUGCAUCACCUCCUUUAGAAAGCUUUAAAAACAUCUUACACAUGGGGGUUGGUUCCUAGGGUCCUGCUGGGAAGCAGGUUGUUGAAUUUGCAUCACAAAAGCACACCCUAGAUCUAGGGGGGGAGUAGCAAUGUCUCCAUUUGCACCAGGGAAUGAGAUUUGGAAGCACUGGGUUUCAGAAGCCCUUUGACUUGUCUUCAGCACCCUCCUUACCAAGAAGAAUCCACUAUUGCAUUUUUAACGUUCUCCGUGUAGUUACGGAAAAGAAAUUUCAGGAUGUAGACACCUGUCUCACAGCCUGCUAGCUCAAUAUCCCCUUUGCCUCUCUGUCAUAUCUUGUUACAGAUAUUUCUUUAACAAACUAGUAGAUUUCCUAGCUGAUGGCCCCUUACAUGGGUCACAUAAGCUAUAUGAUUGCUUAUCCUGGUGCCUCUCAUCUGUUCUCUCUAAACACUGAGUGCACUAGAAAGGAGCUUUAAAAGGGUUUGAUCAACCAGCCCCCUCAACCAAAAAGUGCCAUCCAAAAUUAGCCUCUUGAUCUCUAAAUUUGCAGCCUAGACUACUUGACGAUGGCCAUUUAAAUUUGGAAGUAAGACUGUUAAAGGUCAGUGAGUGAGGCUUAGGAAUAUAAGCCACAGCUGAUACUAGAUACUCUUCCUGUAACUGGCUUACUAAAACACCCCGAAACAGAAAUAAAUCCCCAGAGCGCUUAUCCAUUUAUGGUUGUGGCUUUGCAUUUCAAGGUGGGGUGUGCAUGCUCCAUCUUAAACACACAGCCUUUAUCGCCUAUUUUGUAGGCAGCUCAAGCUCCAGGAGUGCACAUUGUUGCUGCAGCAGCAGAUCACCAGGUUCUUUGCACACCACACGAAAAUAAAGCAUCCAUACCUCUUGGGACUUGUCUGACAUAAUGGGAUAAAAAUUUAGAUUAAUCCUUAAAUGGCAGUGAUUUAUUAUCUGUUCUGUGAGGGUUUCCCUAUUCCUGGCCUUAUGUAUCUAAGUUUGUAGAAGUCCAUGCUCUUUGGGGGAUGUAUUAUAAAAUUCUUACCUGUGCUAGGCUUCCCUGUAACAUGAACAUAGUAGAUACUACAGAAAGGUGCUGUAAACUAAGUGAGCUGGUCCCCUCAUUAAUUUUUAACGGCCUUGUUUACCCCUUGGGCCAGCAGUUUGACCAUCUUUUGAGAGUGAUUUCUUAGGUCCUCUUUCACAGUGGUCUGAAAUGCACUAUUUUCUUUUUCAUCAUGUGCUGUUCCCCUAGUGCUGUUCUUUGUAUGCAGUAGAGCUUCCUGCAAGCCUCUGCUUCCCUGGGUGUAGCGGACAGAUCCUUAGACCAAGAAUCAGAGGAACAGGUUCUACUCCCAGCUCCACCCCUUUCCAGCCGUGGGAACUUAGACAAGUCACUAAACCUGUCUAGUGCAUCAGUUGCCCCUAUCCAUAAAGCAGGGAUUAGAACCCCUGCCCGUCAGCCUCUCAGAAAUGUAGUGAGCGUUGAACAAGAUAGUAAUGGAUGGGGAAUUGUAAGUUCUCUUCAAACUGAAAAUGCCUAGGACUCUAUGACUGUUGUAUGUUGAACCUAAACUCCCAGGACACUGGCCAGCAUUUGAGUACCAUAGUGUCCUCAUGGAGAGCCAAAUGGCAACAUGAGAAUUUCAGUUAGACCUGAUUUGAAUAUAGUCAAGUGCGAGUGGGAGACAUUCCUUUUACCAUAAUAAACAUUUGUCAGAUGGAAAGCUUGGUAUCUGGAUCUUAGCCUUUUAAGCUUUAUCUAAAAUUGAAAAUGCACAUUGCCAUAAUGAGCGGGUGCUCUUAUUUCACAGAUUACUACGACUAACAGCUACCAUUAUUGAGUAUGUAGAAUGGACUGGACUUCAAGGCAGAACACCUUACAUGGAAUCAUCUCUCUGACGAGGGCUACCUCCUAUUCUGUCCCCUUUCCAGGAGCCCCUGUAGGGACAAAGGCUCACACUCCUAUGCUGCAUCCCUACAGAUUACGUUAAUCAUCAGUCAGCUGUUACUUCUUUCAAAUCUACUUUUGAGCAGUGGUGUUAAGGAAGAGGUUGUCUUGAUUUUUCUUUUUAAGCAGAGGUAUAAGGCUACAUGGAAGAAAACCAUAAGAAAUGUUCAUUACAAUGAGAGCAAGUACAUAUGCUUGUUUUAGUUUUUGAAUUUCUCAAAAUGCUCAGGAAGACUUUCAUAUCCAAUAGAUUAAUCACAGCUGCAAAAAUAACCAACCAAAUAAUUAAACUACUCCAUCCCAGGUGGUUCGGUUUGGGUGGGCACAAACUAAUGCCUCUUCCUCAGCUGAGUUCUUUGACAUACUCAUCGCUCUGUCCAGUUUGCUUCACCUUUAUUGAAUUCUCGGGGUGGUGGCACUCUUAGAGUGCACAGCUGGAAAGCUGGCUUUGGUAGAAAGCCAGAAGAAGAAUAGGAAGGGUGUGAAGUAGAAAUGUCAGGGCUCCACCUGUGGCUCAGCUCUGUGCUGCUCUUGUUCCUGUGCUUGACUGACAAGCCUUUUCUUCCUUGGGCUGUUUGCAGACCUUAUCAGAGGACGAGGGACUUCCAGUUCUUCUGUUAAUCUAGAAACUAUUUGCAAGCCUAUUCAACUAUAGACCAUGAUUAGAUUAAUCUUAUUACACCUAUAAAGGUAUUUGUUUUUCCUCCAUUAAAGAAAAUUGUUGUAAACUGGACUUGGCCCGUUUGGUCACUUGCAAUUAUUAGGUUGUUUGGUGGCCUUCAGUAGGUGGAGGUGGGUGAGGGCUGUAGCUGUCCUCUCCCCAACUUCACUAGGUGGUACUUUACACUAAAAUCAGAUUUUGGACCAAUUUCUGCGUCAUUCCUGUUUACAAACAACUGGGCACCAGAACAGACAUCCUUGUAACAAUCAACCUGUCUUGUAAGCUUGAAAAAGUCCCAACUCUGUCCUUUCGGGAACCCAACAAUACCUUAUAUGAAAGGGUUAUUAGAUGUGAAUCCAGCAAUAUUCCAGCAUAUUCAGUGUCAGAUGACCUGAUUGUGUUUAACUUGUAGACACAGAACAGGUUAGUAAUCUGGGAAUCUCAGGGAUAAUGGGCUUGCUAGAGUCUUACACCCUGUUCGUGGAAGGGCUCGAGUGCCCUACAGUAGUUGGGUCAAUCCACAUGCCUUUAACACCACUAAUUUGGCUAUUGAAAAUAGUAGCUUAUUAACAAAGUCUCUGAUGUUGAGCUACAGAUAAAGCUCUUGUGGUAGUAGCCUCUGAAGUGACUCGAGCUUUUCACAUGCUAACCAUCAAACUUAAAUGUUAACUAACCACUCCUAGAGUGUAUAUUAUGACUAAUUAACAUCUGCCAAAAUAAUUUAGAUUACACUGGAUAUGACAGAAGUUAUUAAGGAUUCCUGCACUGGAGUGGGGUAGAUGUAUUCACUGCUCUGAAGUCAACCCCCCUGCUGAAUAGAGUGUGACUGGCAUUUCUCCUUGGUGACAGCCUUUACCUUCUGAGUGGGGUGUGUGUAUGAGAGAGAGAGAGACAGACAUACUUAAAAUUUGCAGUUGAAAAUAAUUUUGCAGUUCACACAUACAAGAGAACCCUCACAUCUGCAAAUAUCUCACUAUUUCAGGCUUAUUUCAUUAGGUUUGCUUUAACGUUAUCUCUGCAAAAAUGGUUAGAGGCAGGAACAGAGGGGCCAUAUUUACCUUGACAGAUGAAAGAUGUAAAAUAUUAGGUUUAUUUCUACUAUAUUUCCAUUAUUAGUUUAGUUAUUCUUUAUUCAAGUUUCGGCUUGAUUGUGGAGAUUUGGAGCUGAGUAGACUGGAGUAAAAUAAGAUGUCAGAAAUUCAGAUGACACUAAAUGUCUUUUUAUCAUACAUUAUCAACGGAAACCAUGAUGUGGAAAUUCCUUCUAUAUGUCACGGAAAAGGAAACGACCAGGGAUAAAUAAAAGGAUUCUCCAUUCCGAUCUUGGGAAUAAAUCCCAUCAGUCCAUUCCCCAGAAUUCUCAGCAGUGUGUGGGGGCCAAGUCCAUGAUGUGUGUCAAAAUAUACACCCCUCCACACCAAAAGUUUCUAGUUAUAUUCUGUAUUCUUUUCCUCUAGCUGUGAGGUUUAGGGAUAAAUGCCUGAGUUUCAAGGGAACAGAUGUUGUGAAUAUUUAUGGAAAAUAGCAAUGUCUCCAUGAAUUGAAAAUGGGCAGGCCCUGUCCUCUCAAUGCUCCCAUUCGAGAGCUACUUUGUUUACAGUUGCCACUUGCACACGAUUUACACAGGAGACAUGUCAGCUGGAACCAAGGAGAUAAAUUCUUAUACUUAAAAUUAUUAGUAGAUUAUAACUGCCAUCCCAAACAAUCUUCAAUAAACAAAACCCAGCUUUCUGAGAUAGUUGACUCUUUCGCUCCAUCUAGAGGUGGAAGACCAAAUGGUUGCCCUCUUGAGGUUUUCCCAGCCCUGCCAUUUACCGUUUUAUGACCAGGUGCCCUAUGGCCCAGGAGGAUCCUUGGUAACAUGGCCUAAACUGGUUGUAUUUAUUGUCAUGGCAUGGGAUUGGACUAUGAAAGUUGAUUAGAGGAGAGCUUGAGGGAAAGCCUCCCUGGGAAUCCAGAACAUCAGAUUUGCUACACUGGCUUAGCACUGGGGCCCAUCCCGCUACAAAUAUGUAUGACAGCCAAAAAGAGAUGUUUUAUGUUUCUCCUCCAGAGGUUAGGAAUGUACUUCAAACAUUCACAGUGUCCUUUAGUAACUCACAGGGGAUCUGUGAAGCCCAGGGUUGCACGUGAUUUUCUAAGUGAAGGAACACCAUUGUUUUGGUUUUCAAUAUUCUUUCCAAUAACGACCGGUAUUUCUUUUAAUCCGCCCUAACACAUUGAUCAGGCUAAAUUAAAUUCCUCUCUUAAGCUGUGUUGACGGCUCAGUAUCCAUCCUAUUUUAACUACAGGCAGCAGUAUUUAGUCCUAAAUGCAUUAGUUUGCACUUGCUCACACUGUGGCUCAUUUAUGCCUCUGCUUUUUCACGUGGUCCUAUGAGAAUUUAUCAUGUAUAUUCGGCUGAGCACUUCAAUACCCAGAAGAGCAUUCGGCAUCUUAGGUUUCAUUGUGUACUUGAAAUUCCAAGUCCUUUGUAGAAAAAAAUGUUAAGUAGCUGGUGUUGCUACUGGAUCCCUAGAUUAUUCCACUUGUCCAUCCCGAAAAGUUCCUGUUUAUCCUCUGCCUUCUGUUUCUAUUUUUAAGCCAAUGCUUUAAGACAUAACAUCUGCCGCAGCCUGUUCCCUCUCCACGUGGUCUUAACCUCUUAGCUUCUUUACUUCUCACUUUCACCCCUGUAAAUUAGUACUCUCUACCUCCCAGGGGUUUUAGGGAGGGAAAAAUAGGAUGUUUAAGGGUUGUCUUCAAGAGAGGUCCUACUUUUAGAGUGAUUUUAUAAACGCCUCUUGGCUUAGAAAUGAGAAACUCUAUAGCUAUUAUUUUUUUCCUAUUCUUGUUUAGCUAUUUUUAUUUCUGAAAAGUGAUCUCUGUCUAAAUAAUGUUUUUACUCUGGUUUUGACUUUCUUCCCAUUAACCCUUUUCUCACUAACUCCUACCUUACCCAUGCUCUGAACUUUUUACGUACAGAGCCAGAACGAAUUCUCUCCCAACAAAUCCCACAUAGUUUUACUUCCAUCAUGGAGCAAGUUAAUGUCCUCUGUAAAGAGACAUCUGGCUAAUGAUCUCAUUUGGCCCUGGCAAGAUCUCACCACGUGCCUUGGUUCUCCCUGUAUAAACUGAGGUUAGUUCUGCUAUUUCACAGCACAUGGGUGUUGUGAGUCCUGACUAAUAAAUAGUGAAAAGCAUUUUGUAAAUGCCCUGUACCAUAUAAAUGCAUAGUGAAUAAUCUGGAGAGUCUUCAAGGAGAAAUGUGUUCUUGUGUAGCUCAAUUCGCCUAUUUUUAAAAGAAAUAUUUUACUAACCUGUUUUUUUUCUUAAGUGAAAAUUAGUUUCUAGUCAUUUGAACUAUUUUUAUUUUGAUGUAUAGGAAUAAAUCAAUAGUAUAUAUUCUUGCUUGUCAGAAAACACCCAAGUUGUAUUUUAAGUGUUAAAACUGAAAGGGUUGCAUAACAAUGUAGUGGAGCAGGGGGAGGAUUCUAGCUCAAAUGUGGUGAAAUAGAGAACUAUGAAGAUUAGCUGUGAUUUUGAGAUUGUAUUAUAAAUAGUAGAUGUUAAUGUAGUUGUUUUUUAGAUAUUCUUUAUUUUUGAGUUACCAGAAAUUGUCUUUUAUUUUUGCAGUUUUGAACUAUAUCGUUCCUGAUGUGUUUUGAAUAAAGUUUUUAUCAACUAAA